UCACAAAAGUGGAAACAUCAUCACUCUUACAAUCCCUUCAAUCAAUUCAUCAUUCAUGGCAUUUUGGCAUUUUUGCCUUUUCCUACUUCUCAAUUUCUUAGGAGCCAAUGCAGCUGUUUUUACAUUGCAAAACCGAUGCAGGACAACAAUCUGGCCCGGCAUCCUAGGAGGAGCCGGAAAACCACCACUAAUGAAUGGUGGGUUCCAGUUAAAUCCAGGGCAAACCAUAAAUGUCAAUGUCCCGACAGGGUGGUCAGGCCGGGUUUGGGGUCGAAGUGGAUGCUCAUUUGAUAAUUCUGGCAAAGGAAACUGCGCCACCGGUGACUGUGGAGGCGUGUUGCAAUGUGGUGGUGCUGGUGGUGUACCACCAGCUACACUUGCUGAGUUCACCCUAGACAGCCCACUCGAUUUCUAUGAUGUUAGUCUUGUCGAUGGAUUUAACAUCCCGGUAUCAAUAUCCCCUUCUGGUGGAUCAGGGAAUUGUAAGUCAGUCAGAUGUCUUUCCAACUUGAACCUACACUGUCCUUCUCCUUUACAGGUGACGAGAAGUGGGAGUGUUGUAGCGUGUAAGAGUGCGUGCUUGGCUUUUAACCAACCCCAGUAUUGUUGUACUGGUGCUUACAAUAGUCCCAACACAUGCAAGCCAACAGAUUACUCAAGAUUGUUCAAGGCUGCUUGUCCUACAGCUUAUAGCUACCCUUUUGACGAUCGUACAAGCACUUUUACGUGCAAAGGAGCUAAUUACUUGAUCACCUUCUGUUAAAUCUUUGUUUUUUAGACAUGGAAAUCGUAAGAACGAAA